AUGCUGGAGAGUGGCUCUGAUCGUAAGGGACAAAGUCAGGGGAUGGUGGACGCCGGUAGGCUGCCGGAGAGAAGCUUAUGGUGCAGCUUGUCGCGGCGUCACUGCAUCUUCUUCAUCCUGGUGUUGGGGGCAGUCUUGUUCGUCUACAACACAAAUAUACAAGAUAUGAUGCAAGACCUGAAACCGACAGAAUGGUGGAGUCUAAAUGUAUUUCAAAAUCAGAGACAAAACGUUAUGUAUCCGAUCCCCGCGUCUCGAAACACUAAGAAAACAAACGCUUCAGUGGCUCAGCAGACGACACAAAACAGAACUGAGAAUAUGACAUCAGUAAACAUGACUCAGCCGACUUCGGAGACAAUGUCACAACAAAAAACUGAGCUGCCGCCACCACCGCCGGUUCCUUAUAAAUCUCCGGGCCCAUAUCUAGUUGAGUACCCUUACAAGUACAGCUUUCUCAUGAACGAGCCACAGAGGUGUGAGCAGGAGAAUCCCUUCGUGGUUCUUGUGGUUCCGGUGGCGCCCCACAACAGGGCUCAUCGUGACGUCAUCCGCAGCACCUGGGGAGCAGAGAGUCUGGUCCAGGGCAAAGUGGUGAAGCUGUUCUUCUUGCUGGGGCUGCACGCUGGAGUUGGCGCCCAGAAGGUCCACGAGCAAGUGCUUCAGGAGAGCCGGGAGCAUCAUGACCUGAUCCAGAGCAACUUCUUGGACUGCUACAAGAACCUGACCAUCAAGACGAUGGUGAUGCUGGAGUGGCUGGACGCCUACUGUUCCAGCGCCACCUAUGCCAUGAAGAUCGAUUCGGACAUGUUCCUGAACGUUCCCAAUCUGGUUAAAAUGUUGCUUAAUGCUCCAAAGAAGAACUACAUGACCGGACUGGUGGCCCGAGGAGCCGCGGUGCUGAGAGACCGGAGAUCCAAGUGGUGCCUGCCGGUGGAGGUUUACGCUCCGCCGCAGUACCCGCGCUACGCUCUCGGCCUGGGCUACGUUUUGUCUCUGGACCUCCCUAAGAAGCUGGUGGAGGCGUCCAGACACGUUAAAGCAGUAUACAUCGAGGACGUGUAUCUGGGGCUGUGUAUGCAGUACCUGGGCAUCCCUCCUACCGACCCCCCAGACGGGAGAUACUUCCAUGUGUUUCCUGCACAGUACAGCCGCUGCACCUUCUCCAAGCUCAUCGCCACCACCACCAGGCCAGACACUGACCAGGUGAAGAUUUGGAAAGACUUCAAGAGACCGGGUCCGUACUGCUGA